AGUUUACUGAAGAGGUGGUCGUCGAGGACGACGAAGUGGGUUCAAAAUCAAUUUUUUUCAAAUCGACAAUAUACCACUAAAUAUGAUAUUUUUUAAGGAUUUCUAUAGGAAAGGAAAAAACAAAUCGACUUAUAAUGAAAUUUUGGAAAAAUUGAAGGAGGAAUUUUAUGUGAAUUGGGAGAAAAAAACCAGCUCUGAUUCCGUAGGGUUGGAAAAUUAUACGAGGAUAAAAACUUUAGGAACGGGGUCUUUUGGGCACGUGUACCUGGUGCAUAAAAACGGGGGCGACAAAGACGCUUUCUUCGCAAUGAAGUGCAUUUCCAAAGUGAAAAUAAUGAAAUUGAAACAAUUAGAACAUACGCAGUUCGAAAAAAAGAUGUUGUCCUCGAUAAAUUUCCCUUUCAUUGUUCAUAUGCACGCUUGUUACAAAGACAACAGUUACGUUUAUUUCGUCAUGCCUUUUAUCAACGGUGGCGAGAUGUUUACACAUUUAAGAAGGAUGCGCAGAUUCAGCGAAACUCUGUCCAGAUUUUACGCAGCCCAAGUGCUAUUAGCCCUGGAAUAUCUCCAUUAUUGCGACAUCGUUUACAGGGAUUUGAAGCCGGAAAAUAUUCUCAUCGAUAAUAAGGGUUAUUUGAAAAUAGCCGAUUUGGGUUUUUGUAAGAUUGUUAAAGGUCGUACUUGGACGUUGUGCGGUACUCCGGAGUAUAUAGCGCCGGAAAUAAUUCUAAGUAAGGGUUACAGUAAGGCGGUGGAUUGGUGGUCGUUCGGGGUGUUAUUAUUCGAGAUGAACGCUGGUUAUGCCCCAUUCGCUUCGGCGGACGUUAUGAAAAUAUACGAAAAGAUCAUUAUUUGUAAAUACAAAUGUCCAGGAACUUUUACGAACGAUCUACAACAUCUCGUCCAAAACGUGUUGCAACUAGAUUUAAGCAGAAGGUACGGUAAUUUGAAAAACGGCACUCAGGAUUUAAAAAACCACCGUUGGUUCAAAGAUACCGACUUUAUGGCCCUAUACAACAGGCAAGUGGAACCACCGUUUAAACCAGCUCUAAAAUCCAUCAGCGAUACCAGCAAUUUCGAUAAUUACGAUGAAGAGCCACUUAAAAUCAGUGAAAAUAAUCAAUUCAAAGAAGAAUUCGAAAAUUUUUAAUCAAUAAUUUGUAUUAUUCUCAUCGUUGUAAAUAUAAGUAAUUAAAAAUAUAUAUUUAAACGAAA